GCACUCUCUGGGACAGGGAGCCAGCACAGCUCACCGAUUUCAGAGUGUACUGAGGGGUAAGGAGCCAAACGGAGCUGGUAUUUCCCAUUGCUUCUUGCUGUGGAUAUUUUCCAUCUGCUGCUGGGGUUGAGCUGUGGAUGAGUGGGACUUUGGCAAGGGACAGGGCAGGAAGCAGGUGUUGCACAGAAGACUCGACUAAACGAAGGGGCCUCGGAGUUGGCAGCUAAGGCCAACUUGGUGAGAUCUUGGCUGAGUUUCUGGUUGCCGUGUGGAUCUGAGGAGUCACGCCUGCAACCAAGAGCUGAAAAUCUUUGGACAAACUCCUGAGUGACAGAGGCAAGUGAAACUGCCAGUGGGUGGUGCAUGGGCAUCUCUAAUGCUUGCAAAUACAAGACUAGUGCACUGCCGGUGCCCACUGCGUGUAUUCUAUUUAUACCACAGCAGAGGGAGCGUUGGCAAACCAUCUCAGAGGAGCAACCUUUUGUUACAUCUACAGCUUCUCCCUUGCGUGUUAGUGCAACAACACAAAAAUAAUCGCAAUAAUAAGGAUCGUGUGGUUAAUAGAUUUGCUGUCUUGUGACCAUGCUGCAGCCGACUUGACCAUAGCCUGGUUAUUGCAUCUUGCGUCCCUGUGAUUUCCUACAGGGAAAGAAGCACCUGAAAUACCUCAGGACCUUUAGGAGCCAUUCACCUGGCUGCUUGUUUCAACAACUCACUCCAUUCUGGCCUUUUUUCCACGUCUGUUAGAGGGCUGGAUCAAGACGUUGAUUUUCUUUGUGCUGUUCUCCCCGCUCAGUGUUGAGGGACUAUAUUUGAAAUCAGAGAGUGAGCUGUGUGUUAAGAAAUAGCUCUGGCACUAAAAUGCUUAAAAUUACUCUUUGUUUUCCUGACUUCUCUCCUAAUUUAGAUUAUCCAAAUCCAGAUUCCCCCCAGACCUGCCCACAAGAUGGAAUUCUAAGAAAAUAUUGUUUUGUUUAAUUUGUUUUUUAACAUCCACAUUUCUCACAUUUCCUAUUCCAGUUUCAAAGUGGGCCUGAGCUCCUCCGCUAACAUUGCUCUGGCUGUUAUUUUGAGGAUCUGAGAGAGGGGAGAAAAAAUAAACGAAGCGUGGGGAAUGCGUUUCUUGCAUUUCCCCCUUGUCAGCCGCAGGUUCUUUUAGGCGAGUCGGCAAAGAGUUACUGACAUUCCUCUCUUUUCAGGUCAAACAGAGGGAUUAGACGAAGGGUAUUACUAACAUGGGUCAAGGUAUUAAAAAAUUGAUGCCUAAAUUUAGGCUCCUAAUUUUGUAUUUUGAGACCCUAAAUAAGGGCUUGAUCUUGUGCCCUUUGAAGUCAAUGCCAAAGCUUCCACUGAAUUCAGUCUGCAAGAUGACGUCCUAAAUUAUGGUCAGGUUCUCAAAAGUUCGCAGUGUCUCACAGCUCCAAAUAAGUCAUCACUCAGCCUCUUUGCAAAUCACGCGUCUUCCCUUAAGUGCCUAAACAUGGAGCUCGUGCUUUUAGGUAUUCCAUAUUUAAAAUCCUGCCUGUUGAUGCUGUCUUUCUUUCUGUCUCAGGAGCCAUUGACAUGGGAAAGCUAACGAGGCUAAUAAAGAAACAUAGCUGGGACGCACAUCAAUUUACUUUUCUUGUGAGCAGUGCUAAGCACAAACACUGUGGGUUCUAUAGCAAUGUCAGUAUUUAUUACGGUGUAAUGUUAACAUGGAAGGCACAUGAAUGUCUCUGCUGGCACCAGAAUCCAAGCAAGUACAUGACCAUUUGCACAAACUCCACAUACACCCCUCUCCUGGUAACAGGAUGUUGGCAGGUGGGAAGAUCACAGGAUCCCGAUGAAACGUAAGAUGAGAUGAGCAAUCCUGUAGUGGUAAUUUUAGAAGCUGGGUUCUGUACAUUAUUUACAGUACAUUGUAGCUUUAAGGAGAUAAGGCUACCCCUUGCCUUACCUCGUGGGUUUAAUCUUUUCUGUGAGAUUUCUGUGUAUGACUUUGAGCAGUGCAACAGCUGGAGGGAUUUUGUCCAUCCAGACGGGUGUUGAAAUUACAGGUUAUUUGUGGUAGCACUAUGUUCAUUCAUAAAAUGCUCACCUAGCAGGAGGGGAAAAGUCACCUAGGACCCACUACCAAAUAAAGAAAAAAAGUACUGAGUGAGCUAUCUGCCUGCUGCAGAUCUGAAGUGCAGAGGCCUGGCAUGAGGAGGGAGCCGCUCACAGUAAACUCCGGCAGAAUCAGGACCGGUUCCUUCCUUUGGGAGCUUUAAUUUGGCUUUACCUUCAUCUAAUGAAAUAUUCCAUUUAUUUCUCAUGGUGAGGGUCUGUAGUCUCCCUCUCUCUUGGAGGGCAGUUUUGGCAAUUGCAUUCUGAAUAUGGGAAAGUCAGGUUAUUUUGGAUGGACAUUUGUUACUUCAGAAACCCUCUGCAACAAUUAGUUUAAAAACCAAACCACACCAAAACAAAACCAGAGCAAAGUAAAAAAGAUUCUUUUGCAAUAUUUGAACAACACGCACCACUCCUCUGUAGAAAUGUGAUCCCUGAGGGGAAAGGGAUUAUAUUCUCUUCCAGGCUUUUGACUAGGCUGGAUUUCUCCCCCUGCCCAGAAGGAAGGCCAUGGGCACCAGGGUGUGGGAUGCGACCCCACAGCCAGGGCAGCCGAGAGGCCGGGCAGGAGUUGGCGUCGCUCCUGGUUCAGGCAGAUGAUCUGUCACUCACCUCCCAGCCUUCCUCGGGAUCAGUGUGACCUGGGUGACAUCCCCGCAUGCUGCACCACGGGGUGACACGAAAACUUUUAAAAAUAAACAAAGGGAGAAACAGGUAUAAGAUCUAGGGAAAGCAAAGAUUUUGUUUGGUUUUGUUUCGUGUGUUUCCCUCAGCCAGCAGGUGCCUCUAUAGAGCCAAUGCUUUGCCUGUAUCAGUAGGAGUCUGUGGCACAGCACUGGAAUACCUGCUUUCUAAUCAUAAUGUGGCCUUUUCUUUCUUCAGUGUCUUUUUCCCUUUCCCCUUCCUCCAGCCCAUGGUGAGCCCCAGGAAUCUGCCAGCUUGGACUACCACUCUGUCCGCUACCUGCAGUCCUUGGAAGACGGUGGUAGGAGAGAGAUUUAUAUGUGUUGACACACGCAUAUUGUUACUCUGUAUCCCGUAUGAGGAAAUUUUGCGGGUGACACGAGUGAAGGAGCUCAGCUGGGGAAUGCCUGCGGUAACCCCAGUAAGACAAAGCUGCCUUUUUGCCCUUCAAAUACCUUCCCAGAAAGCAGCGUGGUGUUUGUCUGGCAAAAUCUUCACCCCUUCAGCAUGACACCUUUCUGCACACUGGGGCAAUGCUCAGCCAGUGCAGGCAGCCCCCCUGAACCAAGGUGGGUUGCCAAUGGAUGAAGAGAAAUAAAACCCAAAUGAGGACAACCCCCUACUCCACUCCUUUUUAGCACAUAGGUGCUAAGAAAUCACUGUGUCUGAAAAGCGAAGGCCUUGGGGGGACGGAUGAUGAGUGUGAUCACAAUUUGUCCUCGCUGCCCCCUCCCCCCAAAUGGCUCCGCUGGACUUUGGAGCAAUUCCCACGGGCAAGGUGAAUUUUGACCCGAACGUGCAUCCAUCGGCAGGGCAGAAAGGGUGGAGGAAGCGCGGCCCGUGGGGCGCCCGAGGUGAAAGGCAGGGCAGGAAGGCUGGGGGGCGAAAUGUUGCGAGCCACGGGGGACUGCGGACCCGAGUGGAGAGGGCGGGGAGGGCGGCAGAGGGGCCGCGGACCCCUUUACCUCCGUGGCCUUUCCCAGCGAAAAAAGGGAGGGGAGGAGGGAGGAGAAUAGCUGUGGAGGGGUGGGACUUUGCCGGAGCGUCUCUCCCCGCGUCCGCGCCGAGCAGUUGCAGAGCGCCGGCGAGCGGGUGGCGGGGCGGGCGCUGCGCGGGGAACGGGCGCUGCGCGGAGCCGCCGCUGGAGUGCGCGGAGUGCGGCUGCCGCCGCGCCGGGGGCGAGGAGCGCACGCCGCGCCGGCGGGGGACAGCGCGCCGCGGGAGCAGCCCUCCCCGGGCACCGGGACCUGCUGUUGGCUUGCCGCCUUGCUUUAUCCUCUCGUUUAAUUUAUUUUUUCCCCACCUAUACUUUGAUCCGCUGGGAUUUUUUUUCCCUCCCUUUCCUGCAGAGCCUCCCUCCGCCCCAGUUCCCUCCCUCUCUAGUCAGUUUGGAUUUUUUUUUUUUUAUAUUCUGAUUUUUUUUCUAAAGCGGUGGACUGAGAGAGGGAGAGACAGAGAGGGCAGGAGGAAAGCGCUCUCUUCAUCCCCUCCGCCACCACCACCCCGACUUGCGGAGAGGGGUCGGGCCGAGCGGCGGCAGCGGGAUCAGCCCCUUACCGCCAGGGAGGCGACCCCGGCUCGGGGAGCCGCCGGAGGCAGCUGCUGCGAAGAGGGGACGCAGAAAAAGAGAUGCAUUGAAACUUUCCGCGCAAACUUUGGCGUGAGUGCUUGA